AUGGCCCUGCUGCUCCUGGCACUGCUGGCACUGCUGACGCUCUGGGGGCUGCUCUGCGCCCACACCCCAGCCUCCCGAUGGCCCCCGGGACCGCGCCCCCUGCCCCUCAUCGGGAACCUGCACUUGCUGCGGGUGGCACAGCAGGACCAGGCGCUGAUGCAGCUCGCCAAACAGUACGGGCCAGUGUUCACUGUGCACCUUGGGCACCAGAAGACGGUGGUGCUGACCGGCUACGAGGCGGUGAAGAAGGCCCUGGUGGGCGCCGGGCAGGAGCUGGCUGGCCGGCCCCCAAUUGCCAUCUUCCAGCUCAUCAACGGGGGCGGGGGCAUCUUCUUCUCCUCAGGUCCACGCUGGCGGGCCGCCCGCCAGCUCACCGUGCGCACCCUCCAUGGCCUGGGCGUGGGGAGGGCGCCCGUGGCCAACAAGGUCUUGCAGGAGCUGAGGUGCGUCAUGGCACAGCUGGACAGCUACGGAGGCCAGCCCUUCCCGCUGGCCCUACUCCGCUGGGCUCCCUCCAACAUCACCUUCGCGCUCCUCUUCGGCCAGCGGUUCGACUACCGGGAUCCUGUGUUCGUGUCCCUGCUGGGCCUCGUUGACGAGGUCAUGGUCCUCCUGGGGAAGCCAAGUGUGCAGCUCUUCAACCUCUACCCGCGGCUCGGGGCCCUUCUCCAGCUGCACCGGCCGGUUCUGCGCAAGAUCGAGGAGGUGCGGGCCAUCCUGAGGGCCCUCCUGGAGGCGCGGAGGCGCCGCACACCCCCGCGAGGGCCCGAGCGGAGCUACCUGGACGUCCUGAUCCAGCAGGGUCAGGGGAAAGACCCCGAGGGCCUGUUUACUGAGGCCAACGUGGUGGCCUGUGUCCUGGACAUGGUCAUGGCCGGGACGGAGACCACCGCCGCCACGCUGCAGUGGGCCGCCCUUCUGAUGGGCAAGCACCAGCGCGUGCAGAGCCUUGUACACAAGGAGCUGGACCGCGUGCUGGGGCCAGCCCGGUUCCCGCGGCCCGAGGACGUGCACGCCCUACCUUACACCAACGCCGUGCUCCACGAAGUGCAGCGCUUCAUCACGCUGCUGCCCCACGCGCCGCGGUGCACGGUCGCUGACACCCAGCUGGGCCCCUACCUGCUCCCCAAGGGCACACCCGUGCUGGCCCUGCUGAACUCCGUGCUCCUGGACGAGACGCAGUGGGAGACGCCCCACCAGUUCAACCCCGGCCACUUCCUGGACGCCGACGGGCGCUUCGUCAAGCGGCCGGCCUUCCUGCCUUUCUCCGCAGGCCGCCGCGUCUGCGUUGGGGAGAGCCUGGCCAGGUCGGAGCUAUUCCUGCUGUUUGCGGGCCUCCUGCAGAGGUACCACCUGCUGCCCCCACCGGGCCUCAGCGCCGCGGCCCUGGACACCACACCCGCCCCUGCCUUCACCGCGCGGCCGUCCGCCCAGGUGCUGUGCGCCGUGCCCAGACUGCAGGGGCGCUGA